GGGACGCCGUCGUGGUUCGUAGUGGUGAGGCUACCGAGGGCCGGUGGCGGGGCUGCGGGCCUUUAUGUAAAGGGGUGUUUUUGUGUCGUUGCAGGCAGCUCGCGAGGAGCCUUCCUGCUGGCGAACGGGGCAGCCUUCGCAGCGCUCCCCGCUGGGGUGCGUUUGUUGUUCGGGGCGGGCUGACGUCGCUCCCGUUCCUUCCUCCCUGCAGCAGGGGUAGCCGAGCCGCUUUCCGAGCCGUCGCCGCGAGCCGGCUUCGUGUGUGCCCCGAGAUUGCCGUCGGCUCCUUUUCUUCUGAGGCCUUGCUGAGUUUUAAUUAUUUAAAGGGCCUGCUUUUACAAAAUGCUGAGGGCACGAUGACCAGCGUUUACAAGCUGGUGUAAUGAACAGUGGGGCUGAUGAUGAAGAUGACAUCUAUUCCACGUCAGUCAUUUGGAGGUCAUCUCAUGGUCACCUGCAAAAUAAAGGAAAACAUGAGGAUGUUUCUCAGAAGCAAUGAGAUUAAGUGGAUCAGCUGGUGUGCUGUGCCUAGUGGAAAGAAGCUUAUUUAAAUUAAGAGGAGCAGAGAACCUGUGUCUCAGUACUAAAGGAAGAUGGACUCCACAGAAGACCUUGACUAUCCUCAAAUCAUCUUUCAAUACAGCAAUGGAUUUUUAGUCUCAAAGGUUAUGUUCACUGCCUGUGAGUUAGGAGUGUUCGAUCUUCUGCUGGAGUCAGGACAACCUCUAUCUUUAGAUGUCAUUGCUGCACGCUUGGGUACAAGCAUCAUGGGGAUGGAAAGACUUCUGGAUGCCUGUGUGGGAUUGAAGCUUUUGGCAGUAGAGCUGAGACGAGAAGGAGCCUUCUACAGAAACACAGAAAUUUCCAAUAUCUACCUUACGAAGUCAAGUCCCAAGUCUCAGUAUCAUAUUAUGAUGUAUUACUCCAACACCGUCUACUUGUGCUGGCACUACCUGACUGAUGCUGUGAGAGAAGGAAGAAAUCAAUAUGAAAGAGCUUUUGGCAUUUCAUCUGAAGACCUCUUUGGAGCCAUGUACAGAUCAGAAGAAGAAAUGCUGAAGUUCUUGGCUGGCCAGAACUCAAUCUGGAGUAUAUGUGGCAGAGAUGUACUUACUGCAUUUGACCUUUCUCCUUUCACACAGAUUUAUGACCUGGGAGGUGGUGGAGGAGCUCUGGCCCAAGAAUGUGUUUUCUUGUAUCCAAAUUGCACAGUCACAGUUUAUGACCUGCCCAAAGUUGUACAAGUGGCCAAAGAGCGAUUGGUUCCCCCAGAGGAGCGACGGAUUGCCUUUCAUGAAGGAGAUUUUUUUAAAGAUUCAAUCCCUGAAGCUGACCUCUACAUUUUAUCAAAGAUACUGCAUGAUUGGGAUGAUGAAAAAUGUGGGCAGCUGCUGGCAGAAGUUUAUAAGGCCUGCAGACCUGGUGGUGGAGUGCUACUGGUUGAAUCACUCCUGAGAGGAGACAGAAGCGGACCUGUGGAAACCCAGCUGUAUUCAUUGAACAUGUUGGUGCAGACAGAAGGAAAGGAACGAACAGCAGCUGAGUACAGCGAGCUCCUUGGGGCAGCUGGCUUCAGGGACGUCCGAGUCAGGAGAACUGGAAAAAUCUAUGAUGCUGUUCUGGGGAGGAAAUGAUAGUGUCUUUUAUUCUGUAUUACUAAGUACACGUGGACAAAUGUGAUAUUCUUUUCGUAGAAGGCUAUUAUAGAUGUAGUUUUUAUUGAAGGAAGUCAACUUCUCUAGCUGAUUAUCAGGAGAAUCAUUAAUAAUACACUUUCAGUGUGGAUAGGUUGUGAAUUCAGCAGCCUGACUAGGGCUUGCCUUUGGAUCUGAAUAGCACAGAGAGAACUUGACAUCUGUUCCACAGUAAAUUACCCAUGAAAGAAAUGUGUAGUGUUGCUGCUAACCACUUUACAUAUUUUUCUUCUUUUUUAUUUUAAGUUUAACAGAGUACCUGACAAAAGCGAAGCUGAAUUUUCAUUUGUGGAUUCCGGCAUAAUAAA